GCGGGCGGAGCCAAAGAGGAGGAAACUGUAGCGUUGAAUGACUGCUCUCAAGAAAACCGGCGACGAGCCUCCAUACCCGGCAGAUUAAUCGCACCAUCUUUACCGCUUUUCCACGCAUUGAUAUCCUGCCAAAAAGCGAGCAAAAGCAAAGAUACCACUGAACUCAUUCAACCUGAAUCUCGUCCACAUUAAAACCUUCACUCAGCGACACCUGCAUGCUGCGGCUUCUGGAAAUAUCUGCGAAGGGCUCGGGAGAUUAGCGUUGCAGAUAACCGACUGCAGGGAUGGAGACGCAGAUACAUGUGCCCGUGGGGUCGCCGGUGAUUAGGAAAAUUCCCAUUUUCGUGGACGAGCACAACGUGGCGGAGGGGGCGAUGACGCUCAUCCAAGAACUGAGACCGGCGUGGGACAAGAGUCACGUCAAGACGAAGCUCUUUACUGAUGGAACCACCAACAAGCUAGUGGGCUGCUACGUGGAGGACAGUCCAGAGGAUGUGGUCCUUGUCCGAGUAUAUGGAAACAAGACGGAGCUAUUCGUGGACAGAGACAAUGAGCUCAAAAGCUUUCAGGUGCUACAUGCUAAUGGUUGCGCUCCUCACCUCUACUGCACCUUUCAGAACGGCAUCUGCUACGAGUUUGUGCAGGGUGACGCUCUUGGGACGCAGGAUGUCAGGGAUCCUUCUUUACUCAGAAUGAUAGCCGGAGAGAUGGCUCGUAUCCAUGCCAUCCAUGCCCACAACGGCUGCAUCCCUAAACCCAACCUCUGGAUUAAGAUGAGAAAAUACUUCUCUCUUGUGCCCACAGAGUUCACAGACCAAGCAACCAACCUCAGGAUCCAGCAGGAGUGUCCCAGCAAAGCAGUGCUGGAGCAGGAGAUAGUGUGGAUGAAGGAGCACCUCUCCACACUGGGCUCCCCCGUGGUGCUCUGCCACAAUGACCUGCUGUGCAAGAACAUCAUCCACAACAGCAAAGAGGGUCACGUUCGCUUCAUAGACUAUGAAUACUCGAGCUACAACUACCAGGCCUUUGACAUCGGCAACCACUUCAAUGAAUUUGCAGGAAUGGCAGAGCUGGACUAUGGGCUGUACCCGAGUCGGGAGAUGCAGAUGGACUGGCUCAAAGUGUAUCUGCAGGCAUACAAGCUCUUCACCAAGAAAACAGAGGAGGUCAGCGAGCGAGAGCUGGAGACGCUCUUCGUACAGGUCAACAAGUUUGCUCUGGCCUCUCACUUCUUUUGGGGCUUCUGGGCGCUCAUACAGGCCGAAUACUCCACCAUAGACUUCGACUUCCUCGGGUACGCCGUGCUACGUUUCAAGAACUACUUCAAGAUCAAACCUGCAGUGAUGGCCCUGCAGAUCCCAGAAUGAAAAGAAGACGUGGGAAGGCAGAAUCCGGAGAAAAAGUGAGGGGAGGGUGCAUCAGCUUUCAUGCUGGAACUUCCUGUACACUCUCUCAAUCUUUCCAGCCCAGCUGUCGACGGACCGGUACCCGCUCUACCUGGCCUCCUUUUCUGCGACGAGCGCGAUUACUCUUUUAUUCCUCCCAACUUAGCUCCAGGUCUGUCACAACUCUUCGCUCAAGACACUUUUCUGAGUUCUGUCUGUCUGUACAGUAUGUGUGAGUGAGUGAGUGUGUGUGUGUGCGUGCUUUUGCUGUUUGUACUGUCCACCCAUCCUUAGAAACCUGACUUCCUACUUUCACACAGACAUGUCCCACAGCACCCUCAACAAAAAAAAUAGACUUUUUAAAAGAUACACACAGAUAGCCUUUCCUCUUAUUAGUUUGACUGUCUCCAUGACUCAAUGCAACGGCCUCAUUGUAGUAGGAAACUAACUAUAGACGCCUUGCACGUCAUAUUCCUGAGAUUUUUCAGGUUGGUAAAACCAUUCCUCCUUCCGUCUGCAGAUCUUGAAACAUUUAAAUUCCAACCCUCCUCCUUUCCUCUGCAUCUCUGGUGCUAAGUGCUUCUAGCUGUGGUAUCUAUGCACUGCCCUCUCCAGACACCAGCUGCGUACUUUGGGGCAGUCCUGUGUGUCCCUCUCUCUCCCUGAUUCUUUUUUUCUCUUGUUCCAGUAAAAGCGUUUGUCAGUUUCUAUUUUAGUUACUCAAAAUAAACUGCUGCUAAUUUUAGAAAUAAAAAAAAAGUGAGUGUUUGCUUGUGUACCUCUCUCCUAAAGGAAGGACUGAGUGUGCGAGACAGAAACCUGUUCAAGCUUUUCACGGGCUGGCUUCAGGUUAGGUCACUAUUGUGUUCUAGCAAUGGAUGAUAGAGAGAAGCUAAAUGUGCAUUUAUUUAUUGAUGUGAAGACCUUCUGGAUUAUUUAGUAUCUCAGGUGAAACGGCUCCAUGGUUCUGCUUGCAGUGAUACUAAAGGAGGAGGGGAGGUGGUGCGGGUUUAAAUGAGAGCACCUGUAUCACUCUGUGUGCUUUUCUCUCCUCAACCCAUUUUUCCACAUUCUUGACUUUUAUGGUAACGGAGCGUCGCUCUGUUAAACUUUCCAUUAAGACUUCCCGGACCUCUUGGAAAAUUACAGCCUCCGUCACCCUCACUACCAACCCCUCCUCAUACGCCAAUAUCCCCUCCUCUACUCUUUAUGGCCUAAUCUGUUUGCUCCCUCCUCACGUUAUCAUCUUUGAUCUCCAGCCCCCAGUUUGGUUUCAUAUCUGGCCUUUCAACAGGUUGAAACUGCAGCACCUGCUUCAAAGGCGGUGUUGAGUUCAGAGGCUGCUCUCACCGCCACACGAUGUGCCAGUCAGUUCCUGCUCACGUCUCACAUUUUGAAGUACGUUCUGUUACAUAAUCGAAUACUGCACGAUUUAUAUCUGUGAUUCAAUCGAGGCUGAUUGUCCAUUCAUUUCAUUUAUUUGUUACAUCUUGGUCACACGUUUGACUCGUGUGGUCUUGUUUGUCCUCUCAUAUCUCAGUUAAUUUGAUGAAAUGGCAUUGAAGGAUGUUUUCCUUCGGCCGUUUUAACUGAACACUGCAAACAAUAAAAUGGUUUUAUUUGACUGUUUGAAUCCUGCAGACAUCUUGGCGCUAACCGGUCCGUUAGAAAGAUCUUAAUGGCUUCUGUUAUAAUGAACCUGAGCUCUUUAUUUGACUUCUUUAAAGUCAUGAAUAAAUCAGAGCUUCAGAUGAUAUCUUCAGAAACUACUUUUGUCCGCCGGUCUCCAGAGCAGGAACACGUUUCCCUCUCUUUCCCCCAAACACUCUUCAGGAUAUUUAAUCUCUACUAGGAACAGCAGGGGGACACACUGAGCGCUGACCUUUGUCCCACACUCCCCCGUCUCAUGUAUCUUACGGGCUCAAUAAUUUACAAAGUGAGCUGCCGCUGCCCCUCACACCAUCACCACAGACUCUAAUUUAUGUUAAUGGUUUCCAGUCCGGACAUUUAAGCUGGGAAGUAGCCCAGGUGCUGUCAGGUGAAUCACGUCCAUCUAAGAAUGUGUCAGAAGCUCUUAUCCUAAUGAGUGAUGAUCAGAAGCUUGUUAAUGUGAACUCUUAAAUGCUUGUGGCAUUGUGAGGGUUUAGAGUUACUCAGUAAAAGAGUCGUUUUAUGAUGGCACGUAAUUGUCUGUUAAACAAAUGAUCCACAUCGGUGUGUGCAAUUUCGAUUUGAGAGUAUUCUUCCACUUAGAUUUCCAAAGAGAAAAUUGUUGAGCUUGAACGCACAAUCCUAAUUAAACCACAAGUGGACUAGACACGGGUGGGGACUGAGGAAGAAAAGACUUUGGAAACAUAUUGUUUAGGUUUUUUUUUUUUUUGGAUUAUAUCUUUGGCCCAACCGAUAUGGACAAAAUCAGAUACCGAUAUAUCGGCCGAUAUCUUUCUUCGAUCUGUGUUCGCUCCGUUGAGAUAGAUUCAGAUAUAAUCCACAUUUAUUGCGUUGACUCCUCAAAUGCAUAUUAACGACUUAUGGAAUAGACCUGCUUGUUUAAAACAAUGAUACUCAAAUGAAAUGCUGUUAGACUGGUGAAUAAAAUCUAGUAAUAUCGGCGCAUAUCUGAGAUAGAAUUAGCCGAUAUCGGCCGACAUAAUCAGCUGGCCAAUUCAUGGGUGAACGUAGCCUUGGUGAUGUCUCCCAUAUGUCUGGUGGACUGCAGUUUAAAGUUUCUUUCUUUUUUAAUAGAGGGUGCAUGCACUUAUCCUGGUUGAUGAGUCGCCACGGUAACGACUUGUCCAUCACAGGUAGACUCACCGUCCUCUGUCAUCUAUUUUGCUCUGAAUGGCAAAUUUAGAAAGUUAGGACCAUUAACUUAAGAAAAAGUCUAUUUAGGUAAAUUAACAAAAAAGGAAGUAAAAUGUUUUGUUGUUUUAGCUUUUUCCAACAAGUGGAGUCGCCCCCUGCUGGUCAAUGAGCAGAAUGCACGCUUCGGUAACUUGUACUUUGGCUUCACUUUUGGAGUCAAAAAGAGCUACGUCCACUUCUUCUCAACAGGCUGGCCGAGGCUCUCAAUACCUAAACAAUGUGUUCACCAAGUCUUGACUUAAACUAUUAGUUAUUCUAAAUGAUGUUUUUUCUUCUUCUACAUCAGCAAUAAAAGUAGCAUUUUGUUUUAAUGCUCAUGUUAAAUAUUUGGAUACAACUUCAGAGAUUUCUAAAGUAACAAAAGUGAUCUAUAUGCCCUGAAAGUGUAUCGCAGGAGGAAGGAUCUUAAGGUUGAAAAUGAGACCAAUGGCAGAUCCUUCUUCUUACAAGUCUUACAAGAUAUUUAUUUUGCUCACCCAAAAGUUAGCGAAUGGUAGCUAAAGCGUUUGCACUGUUGACUGCACUGACAAUUAAGCUGAGGCAUCGUCUCUGAGGGGAGGGAUCUAGAAAAUAUUGAAGUUCAAAAAGCUAGAAGAAAAGUUAGAUUAAUCUCAGUCGAAUGUCAAAGUGUUUGACAUAAAUAGAUGAAGUAGUUCUCUUGACGUUUCAUACGGUGAAAAGACGACAAGCAAACCGAACCAGUUUAACGACCAAUAUUUACAAAUCUGUUUCGCCCUCUUGUAUCCCCGACAGGAUGCCCCGAAUCUGUCCAACUCUACUAAAGUAAAAGUUUAAAGUCUUUUUUUAACACAUGGUUUAUUUAUUGACGGGACCUUACAUUCAUGUUUCCAUUUCACAACAGUCUGUGUUCUUCUAAUCGACCCACGAUGGUUAGCUUCAGACGGUUUUGCAUUGCAGUUCAUUUGAGAUUAACUGUGUUUGUGUGUGAAUGUACUAACUGACUUUUAAGAAACACUGUACAGGUAACUGUUGUUGUUUUUUUUUUUGUUCUUUGUACGCUGAUAUUUACUUUUUUGUAAAUGCUUGAGCGCUUUGUAAAUGUACUUAUCCACUGCUGAAGGAGAGGCUGCGUCGCUGUGUGCGCGGCCGGGAGAGACGGAGGAUGUAAAUACUGUAAGAAAAAAACUGUGAAAAGCUUACUGUACAGUGAUCCUUCACACCUCCGGAAGAUAAAAAAAAAAAAAA